AUGAAGGUUUUUAGUGCUACCGCGCUUGCACUUGUUGCACCCACAACGGCGCUUCUGCGCUUCCCAUGCGCUCAGUUAGUCAUCGACAGGCUAGACCCUCUGGUCACACCAGGCCAGGCUCCCUCGCCGCAUUUACAUCAAAUUCUUGGAGGUAACUCCUUCAACGUCACCAUGGAUCCAGAGAAGGACAUGCCAGGAGAGUCAACAUGCACAUCAUGCCAGUUCAGCGAGGACUUCUCCAACUACUGGACAGCCGUUCUAUACUUCAAAGCCAGAAAUGGUACAUACAAGCGCGUUCCCCAGAUCCCCAACUCUGGCUUCAACGGCGUAAACGGAGGCAUGACAGUGUAUUAUAUGCAAGACGGCCUCUACAACUUCCAGCAAACCUCCAAAGUCCAGGCUUUUCAACCCGGCUUCCGCAUGUUCAUCGGCGACGUCAACGCGCGCACCAAAGACGAAGCAGAACGCUUCCGCCAGCUAACAUUUACUUGCUUGGACACUAUCAACACGCGCGACCCACAGACUCUCGACUUUCCCACCCAGCCGUGUAAGACGGGUAUCAUGACUGCUGUUCGCUUUCCCACGUGCUGGGAUGGUGUCAACUUGGACUCUCCAGACCACAUGGCACACAUGUCCUACCCAGAAUUUGGGUCUUUCGAGUCCGGCGGCCCCUGCCCCGCCAGCCACCCCGUGCGCAUGGGUCAGCUCUUCUACGAAGUCAUCUGGGACACGAGCAAGUUUAACAACAAGGCUGAUUGGCCGGAAGAUGGCAGUCAACCAUUCGUCUGGAGUUUCGGCGAUGGCACGGGCUAUGCAAAUCAUGGCGAUUACCUCUUCGGCUGGCAAGGCGACGCACUUCAACGCGCUCUUGACUCGCCUUGCUACCAGAAUUGUCCCACGCUCAAGACGCAGGAUGCUGCUGCGAUGAACAAAUGCACUGUUCCGCGUGUUGUCAAAGAGGAGAUUGAUGCGUGGGUUAAUGAGUUGCCUGGUGGCCACCAAGCACAGUAUGUCAAGAAGCGAUGGGCUGAGUAG